AUGGCGGACAUUGAGCCCAAACGUGCUUACCAAAAGCAGCCUACAACCUUUCAAAACAAGAAGCGUGUUCUGAUGGGAGAAACUGGCAAGGAAAAAGUCCCUCGGUACUACAAAAACAUCGGUCUAGGCAUCAAGACACUCAAGGAGGGCACUGAGGGCACCUACAUAGACAAGAAAUGCCUCUUCACUGGUAAAUUCUCCAUCAGAGGUCAGAUCCUAUCUGGUGUUGUGACCAAGAUGAAGAUGCAGAGGACCACUGUUAUCCAUCAGGACUAUCUCCAUUACAUCCGAAAGUACAAUCACUUCGAGAAGCACCACAAGAACAUGUCUGUGCACCUGUCCCCCUUCAGGGAUGUACAGAUUGGCGACAUCGUCAUGGUGGGAGAGUGCAGGCCCCUGAGCAAGACUGUGCACUUCAAUGUACUCAAGAUCACUAAUGCUGCUGGCACCAAGCAGCAGUUUCAGAAGUUCUGA